GAGGGAGCGCGCGCGCCGUCGGCACAGACACGCAUCGCGCGCCACGUGCGGACGGGGGGCGGGGCAGAGAUUAAUCCCGGGCCGGCCGGCUGCGGCCUGGCCCGAGCGCCGCCCCUCCUCCUCCCCCCACGGAGGGAAAGGCCUCCCUCCCUCCCCCCUCCCUGGGAGGAGCCCAGCGCGAGCUGCGGCUGCUGUGGCGGUGGUGGGCCGGGCCCGGCCGCCUCCCGCUCCUGCUCCGCCCGCGCGCUGAGGAGGGAGGAGGAGUAGACGGAGAGGCCUGGCCUGGCCGCGGCCCUGGCGCGCUGGACGGGGAAGCCGCCGCCGCCGCCCAGCAGCCAUGCCGUCCUCGGCGGGCUCGUGCUGUGAGGAGGACGAGGCGGCGGGCGGCGGGCUCAGCAGCGGCAGCGGCAGCCCAGCGCCGGGGCCCCUGCCUCCUCCGCCGCCGCCGCCUCCUCCGCCCGGCCCGAAGCUGUGCGGCUACCUGCAGAAGCUGUCCGGGAAGGGCCCGCUGAGGGGCUUCCGCAGCCGCUGGUUCGUCUUCGACGCGCGCCGCUGCGCCCUCUUCUACUUCAAGGGCCCGCAGGAGGCGCUGCCCCUCGGCCGCCUCGACAUCGCCGCCGCCGCCUUCUGCUACCACCAGCCCCCCGAGGCCGCCGCCGACCCCGAGGCCGCCGCCCACGCCGCCCUCGGCACCGCCUUCGAGAUCCACAGCCCCGGCGGCGGCAGCGGCGGCAGCGAUGGCUGCUCCUCGGUGGCUGUCCUCAAGGCAGCAACGCACCAGGACAUGACUUACUGGCUGCAGGAGCUCCAGCAAAAGAGAUGGGAAUAUUGCAAUAGUCGGGAUGCAGCCAAGAGAGACCGCCAGACUUCGCCAACCCCAAGUGACUUCUCCAAAGGGCUUGUUGCCAAAGACAAUGCUGAUGUGAACAUCCUGCCUGCAAAUGCCUCUGCAGAAAAAGCCAGAAACGUCCUAGCGGUGGAGACGGCGCCCACGGAACUGGUGGGAGAACAAGCUGCUUGCCAGCCCGCCCCAGGGCAGCCCAAUGCCAUCCACUCUCUGAAGCAGUGGGGGACAGAGAUCAAAAAUUCUGUGUCUUCAUUAAGACCUGGCAAAGGAAGCAGUGACAACCGCAAGAGCGUGUUCUACACUGAGGAAUGGGAAAUGCUUGAUCCAACCCCAAAAGAUCUGGAGGAGUCAGUGUUACAAGAAGAGAAGAGGAAGUUCUCAGCAGAGCCCAGCAAAGGCAUCUCUGGUUCAGCCUUUCCAUUUGACUUGGGCCGCAUUCCAUACAAGAGGCGUCCUUUUAUGAUUGCACCCAGCAAAAACCGGAAUAGCGCUGAAUCUUCUCCUGUGGAGUGCAAUGGAAACAAGUUGGUCUCUGAGAUGCAGCUGAAGUUUCAGAGCCAACAGGAAGAGGUGGAACAGCUCAAGAAGGAGCUCUCUAGUCAAAAGGAACUGGUGCGGCUUCUGCAGCAGACGGUCAGGUCUUCCCAGUAUGACAAAUACCUUGCAGGGCACCUCUGUGAUGGGGGCCCGAAAGACAAGCUAGAGCUCCUUCACCAAAAAGACAGUCAGAUUCUCGGUCUCAACAACCAGCUUGAGAAGCUGAACCUGGGAAAGGACAGCCUGCAGCAGGAGGUGAAGGACCUGAAAAGCAAGGUGGGCGAACUCAACGAGCAGCUGGGCAUGCUGAUGGAGACCAUCCAAGCCAAAGACGAAGUCAUCAUGAAACUGUCACGGGAGCUGAACGAAUGCGAGGACCAGUCCUCUUGCCUCAGUGGGCCGGCCCAUUCUUCCAUGGCCUCCUCCAUGAGCAAAGACCUGCAGGAGCUCGACAGGCUGAAAGACAGCCUUCAGGGUUACAAAACCCAGAACAAGUUUUUAAAUAAGGAGAUCCUGGAACUUUCUGCGUUGCGAAGAAAUGCUGAAAACCGAGAAAAAGACUGGAUGGCCAAGUAUACGAGCCUGGAAGCCAAGCUCUGUCAAGUCGAAAGCAAGUACCUCAUUUUGCUGCAAGAGAUGAAGACUCCGGUUUGCUCAGAGGAGCAGAGUCCCGGGCAUGAUGUUGUUGCUCGACUCCUGGAAGAUGCCUUAAAAGUGGAGAGCAGUGAGCAUCCAGAGCAAACAUUCUUCAAGCCCCACCUGGUCAGUGAAUAUGAUAUUUAUGGAUUUCAAACAGUCCCGGAGGAUGAUGAGGAAGAGAAGCUGGUAGCCAAAGUGCGGGCCUUGGACCUGAGGUCCCUCUCUCUUACUGAAAACCAGGAGAUGUCCAUGGGAGUGAAAUGGGAGAACUAUCUGGCCAGCACCAUGAACAGGGAGAGGGUGCGCUCCGUGGAGCUGAAGAACCUCAUCCGGGCUGGCAUUCCACACACCCAUCGCUCCCAGAUGUGGAAGUGGUGCAUCGGCCUCCAUGUGAAGAAGUUCAAGGACAGCGCAGAUCCAGGCUACUUCCAGGCCCUCCUACACAAUGCCCUCAAGAAGCAGAAUCCUGCUUCCAAGCAGAUUGAGCUGGAUCUGCUGCGGACGUUGCCCAACAACAAGCAUUACGCCUCUCCCGCCUCGGAAGGGAUUCAGAAACUGCGCAAUGUCUUGCUAGCCUUUUCCUGGCGGAACCCAGACAUUGGAUAUUGCCAGGGUCUCAACAGACUGGUGGCAAUUGCGCUUCUUUUCCUGGAGCAGGAAGAUGCUUUCUGGUGCCUGGUGACGAUCGUGGAAGUCUUCAUGCCUCGUGACUAUUAUACUAAAACUCUGCUAGGGUCCCAGGUAGACCAGAGAGUCUUCAAAGAUCUGAUGAGUGAGAAGCUUCCUCGGCUGCAUGCUCACUUUGAGCAGUACAGAGUGGACUACUCACUCAUCACCUUCAACUGGUUCCUCGUCGUGUUUGUAGACAGUGUGGUCAGCGACAUCCUUUUCAAGAUAUGGGACUCCUUCCUCUACGAGGGGCCAAAGGUGAUGUUUCGCUUUGCCUUGGCACUCUUUAAAUACAAAGAGGAAGAGAUCUUAAAACUGCAAGACUCAAUGUCUAUAUUCAAGUACCUCAGAUACUUUACCCGCACAGUCCUUGAUGCUAGGAAACUUAUCGGUAUUGCUUUCGGUGACCUGAAUCCCUUCCCGCUGCGCCAGAUAAGGAACCGGAGGGCCUACCAUCUGGAGAAAGUGCGCCUGGAGCUGGUGGAACUUGAAGCCAUGCGGGAGGACUUCCUGCGGGAACGGGAAACCAACCCAGAUAAAAGAGACCUUAUUAGUGACGAUGAAGAAGACGGUUGAGGGAGCCACCCGUGGGUCCAGCACUUCUUGGGCAUGUGACCAAACUUAGGGAGUUGCCUCUCUUCCAGUAGGCGUCUUUCUGAAUGAACGAAUGGAACUGAAUGUUAAAUAAAGGCAACUGGAAAUUUGCAGGACAGAUUUCCAAACCUCAGCAGCACUUCAUUGCAGAAAUGGUUCUCUUUUUCUUGCCAAGAAUCCAAAAAGUCCUUUUUCCACAUAACAUUUGUGCCACUGUGUAGGGAGCACUUAACGGCAUUUUUUCCAGGCUUGCAGCUGUGCUGCCAGUUUUCCCCUUGAAGGGCCUGUGCAAGGAGCAAUAGAGUCCCCACUUGUGAGCAAUAGAGUCCCCACUGUGGCACACCUUGUUUCGGAUGACUUUCUUCCCCCUCUCCUGCCAUCGUUAUACGGCGAAGAGUCUGUUAACUAUUCCACUCGGAAGGAAUUUUCCUUGUUGACUUUUGCUGUGCAGAAGCAAAAAAUGGACACUUGAAGAUUGUUCAGCUCAUGUUUGUUUAAAAGCAGCACAAAUGUUGCCAACUAAUCAGGAUAUCUGUACACAUCCUUCCAACAGGGGGAAUGUGGAGAGAGUGCCUGGGACCAAUCGGGAACCACUCUGACCUGUCAAGGGGCAAAGUACUCCUUGACAUCAUUCCAGCAUCCAGUUUUUUUUGUGUUUUGGCAAAAGACUUUCACAUGGCACUAAAUGAGUACCGUGAGGAAUCUAACUCGGCUGCCAGAAUUUACCCUGGGCAGGCUUCUGAGGCAGGAAGUACUGCUGCUGUGACACCUGGGUGAUGGGGAAAGCUGAAACCUCUCCUGGGCACAAUGUGAUUAAAGGCACAAGAGUUCUUUCUGACAAGCCAGCCCCUGGCUGAACUUGUCCAGUAUUGCAAAGCAUGGGCCUAGUAGCCCAGGGCCUCUCCAACUUGGGUCCCCAGAUGCUGUUGCACUACAACUCCCAUCAUCCUCAGCCACAAUGGCUUUAAUGGCCUCCAGUGGGAGUCGCCGUCCAACCAUGUCUGGGGGACCCGAGAGCCUCUGCAGUAGUUCCUUGCUCUGUCAGCAGGCACCUGUGCUGGCCAGGUGAGGGCAGCAGCCUCUCCAAUCACCUCUGUGGAAUCCUCACCCGAUAACAGCUUACUGAGCAAUUGUUCCUGGGCUGUUGGUGUUGACAGAAGGCCGUCUUUGGAACGGGUGGCAGCUCAAGCACGUUGUGCCAACUUAAUUGUCUGCAAAAGUAGGCCCAAUUUUGUGACGUCACCAAAGAACAUGGAGUUGGUGAAUCUUGGAAGUGUCUAACAGUUUGCAUUCUAUAUUCUUCUGCUGCCUGCUUGAAGGAAAACACUUUUAUUUUAGAAAACAGAGGAGUUUACAGUCACAGAGAGACUGGAUUUCUGGAAGCAGUGGAGUCUCUUGUAUUUGGUUUGCCCCUCUGUGAAAGCAUUCCAUGACGGUGUGCUCUGUUUCAGUGAAGCUUAAUACCAGAGGCAUUCCAGGAGGAUUCCUCCCUAUCCCAUUAUGUGAUGUUUGCAAAAAUUAGAUGCCCUCAGAUGCAGUUUGUGAACCUGGAGGAAGUGCAGGCAAUCAGUUCAUUUAGGGGUGGUGUGUUUACAUUGCAGAUGCGACCAACGUGCCUAUGCCUCCUCCCUUCCCAGAGCAGUUCUCCAGAAUUCCUUCCUUGAAGUAUCUCCCUCCCCUCCCAAGUCAUCUUGCUUUUCCGGGCACUCAAAUGUUUGCUUGCUCUCCAAGUGGCUGCUGCCCAGACCCUUGCUCUGGAGAGCUGUUUCCUCCCAAGCGGCACUCUAAGUGGCCGCUGAUUCUCAGCAGAGCCUCCCAGGCCGUUUGCGAAAGUGGCUUGCUGUGGGAGGGAGCUUCUCGGCACGUACACGAGCAUUUGUAGGCAUGUGAAGGGCUGUCUCUGGGAUUGUGGCUGUGCUCUUUCUGAUGCCUUCCGAAAUGCAUCCCCAGCACAGAAAGAGCUUGACCAUGUGCUAGUGAACUGGCCUCCACAUUGCUAUUUGCCAGUUCACCUUAGCGGGAGCAGAGGCUGCUCUGAACUCUGGCACAGUUGGCUCCCGAAGACUGCAGUGCUGACAAAAUGACCAGAACUAUCCUCAGGGCCAUACGUGGGGCCCAGCGUAGCUUGGAUUAGAAGUUCACCAGGGUGAGCAGGAUAUGGAUCCAGCCUGUACAUUUGCAUCAGUCUUGGCACUUUCUGCUUUUUAAAGUAAGUUUUCAGCACCUGCUUUCUUUACACCCGUUACCUUGCACUUGAAUUGUAGUAAGGUCCCCUCCGCCCACAUCUUGUAUUCAUGUUCUAUACUCCUCAUACAUGUUCUGAGAAGUGUUAACUCACAGACAGAACCUUUUGGAUGAUCCCAUGCUGUCGGUUUUCUGAACGAAGCUGGUCUCAAACCAGGUCUGGGAUAGGAGGCUUCCGUCUGGCUCUGGUUUGUGGAAGGGCGUCCCUCUGUUGUCCUCUGAAAUCGCUGUCGUUGGGCUGUUCACAACUGAACACUUGUUGCUUGAGGGUCCUGUCAGAUGCAGACAACGAUGGAGUGUUCUCUGGGGAAGCCGUGGUACUCCUCUUGCCAGAGGCUGUUCUGGGCACUCCCACAAAGCUGCCUCCUGUUGUGAGGCCGUUUCGUGUUUAACUAAGCUGUUAACACAACUGUUUAGUGUUGUGAGUCAAGUUUCCCAAGACAAGAUUCGCUGGGAAUGUUCAGCCAGUCCAAUAAUGAAAAGGGAUCCGCUGCGUCCUCCUGCAAAGGAAGCGCGCUGGAAUGCUCCUGUGAAAGGAUCCCACGCAUUCCCCACUUGGGAAUUCCCCUUGCAGAUGAGCAGCCCAGCUGACGUUUGGGCGGCAGCUUAGAAAUCCAACCUGUGGGACCCUCCUGCGAGUCCAGAGUUCCAUGGGGCAAAUCCAAAGCACUGCCUGCCCCCCUGCAGUGGCAGAAAAUAUACAGGAGGAGGCGAGAAGAUCUGAAAACUGAAGGAUGACAGAUCAGCACAAACGGUUGACCAACCCCACCCCACCCCACCCAAAUGUGGAAGAUCCUUUCACAGCUUUCCCAGGUCUCAUUUAUUGCAAUGAGUGUUUCUACACUUUCUUUUUUUGUAAAGAAUUUCAAAAUGUGUUACAUAUUAUAUAUGCAAAUUAUCUUAUGCAUGGUUUCUGUUAAGUAUCGUAUAACCUGCACCUUUUAGGUCGAUAAGCCAUUUGUGCGAAGUUCCAAGUUGCCCAGAGCCAUUCUUCUGUCCCACGAGGCGAUCCUGGGGCUCUGGCAUGCACACCUCUCACUGAAAUGGUGCAGUAAGUAGACACCUUCAGUUCGGGGGGGGGGGAGUGGAGGUCAGCGCCCCCCCCCCCCGCCCACCUUGUGGGACUACAACUUCCAGCCUCGCCAGCCACGUUGUGGUUGGAAUGAAGGGAGGCCUUGGCCUACCACAGCUGGAGACGGCCCUGCUGUAGUGGUUGCAAAGAGCGACGCGCUACACACAAGCAAGGGUCACUGGCCACGAUCCGCCUGGAGCUUCUCCUGUACAAGUCUCCCCAAAAUGAAGUGUGCUCCGCUCUAGAGGGGCUUACACAGGAGACGGUCCCCACAGAGAGCCCCCCGUCCGACUACGGCGCUCAGGGAGCUCUUCUCUUGGAUUCCCUUUUGAAUCCUGGUCUCUGCGUUGGGCUCAGGAGUGCUUCAUGGUUUGUGACGGCUGCUGGAGCAACAGGAAGCCUAAGUGAAUUUGACAAACCAGUUUAUAAUGGUUUUUCUCUUAGGGAGAGAUCAAAACCUGCCUCUUUUUCCUUAGCUUUGUGUGUACACACACAUUAAACUCACAGAACUUUGUACAGCUCUUUAUUCCUCACCUGGGAAGUGCAGAGGGUUGGAAAUAACCAGGGACCUGUAGCACAGUGAAAGGGCCACACUCAUGAAUGUAACCUGUAUUGUGCUGGAAAUCCUUGUGAAAUUGAAACCAAUAAAUCAUUCCCUUUUUUGCA